CCAUGUUAGGCAAUGUUCUCCCAGGGGCGCUGCUGCUGUCAGCUGGACAGCUUGGAGUGUUGAUCGCACACGGGAAGAGUUUCUCUCCGGGACGGAUCAUCAUCAUCGUAACAAUAAUCAUUCGCCCUCAUGGCUCAAGCAAAAAUACACGCGAAAAUGAACGAAGCUUCCUGCGCGAAGUUCAGCAGGACACUGUCCAUGGCAGAUCGCUCCGGACGACUCCUGGAAAGUUUGGAUCAGCUGGAAAUGAGGGUGGAGGCUUUACGCGAAGCAGCAUCGGCCUUGGAGCAGGAAAGGGAGUGCCUCCUGGAAAUGAUUCAGUCCAUCCAGAACGGACAAGAAAUGCGUAACAUCUGUCCUGGGGAGAGAGAAGAGUUAGAGUUAACUGCAAACCGUAUAAUGGGCCGUACGCUGUCUGUGGAGAUCUCUGUUGGCACAAUCAGAAACCCCCAGCAGGAGGAUGCGCUACGCAAGGCCACGACUAUCAUUGAUGAAAUAGUGAAGAAGUUACUGGAUGACGUGGAUGCCAGCCGGCAGCGGCUGCUGGCCCUGCAUGCAGCCUGUGUGACCGAGGCACCGCCCGUCCCCAUCGACCAGAAGUUUCAGGCAAUAGUGAUCAGCUGUGCUCUGGAGGACCAGAAGAAGAUCAAACAGAGGCUGGAGACUUUGAUGAGGAACGUUGAAAAUGCUAAGAAGAACAUCAAGAUUAUGGAUCACCAAAAACUGGAGGACCCAAAAGCCAAUGGCUGUCAAUAAGACUGGUCACCAAAACACAAAAUAUGUCUUUAAUGCCACUAACCUCACAAAGACCUCUUUUAAUCAUGUAGGCCUACUAAUUUAGAAGGUCUCCACAUGUAGCAGCAAACAAAUCCGUAUGGGAAAAUUACAGAGAUCCUUGGGGUAAAAAAUCCGGUGAAGCAACAAACACCAUCAUUCUCCCUGAACAAAUAUUACAGUGAUUUCUCAAGUUUUACCUUCAAAACAUUGUCAUUCACACAGACCUACUUAAUAUGGAUUGUUUAAUAUAUAUACUCAAUCAUUCACAUAUGCACUUAAGUAAGACUUAAGUAAGUAAAUAGUGCUCUGUUGGAGUUCACUGGUUAUUGGAAAAUACAGUGCUUGAAAAACAAUUUAUCCAAUUUUGAAGUAUCUUUUUCACUCUCACCUUUUUAAAUCAGGCACUUGGUAAGAAUUUUUGGAUGUGCAUGUUGGCUACUACCUCUUCAAUGAAGGAAACACAAAUCACAUUAAGCUGUAGGUUUUAGUAAAUGUUUACACAAAGCAGUUUUUAUGUCAGAUCAUCAAAUAAAUAAAAAACACACUGUCUAAUAA